AUGAGCGACCGCCACAACUACACAUUCCAUCCCAAUCAGCCACCACGUCCCCCCAAUCAGCCACCGCGGGGCAGCCAAUGGCUACCCAAUGCUCAACAGCAGCCCCCUCAUCAAUCAUCUUCCUAUCAACCAGUUCAGCGUGGCUUCCCAGCGGCACAAAGCAACUAUAUGUCCACGCACCCUGCCUCAUCUUCACCAUAUGCAAUUCCUACCAUGCCACCAUCAAGCACACAUUACACAACAAACCAUCAUGCCGCUGCACCAUCACAACCCUACCCCCCAAAUGCUGCUGUCAGUCCAUAUAGUCAACAGCAACAGAUGUAUCCACCACAAGAUUACCCUAUGCGCCAGCCGGCGCAUUCACCGGGUCAGAUAUAUCAGCCAGCGGGACCUUCGCGCAGCCAUACAAUACCGAACGUCACGCAUCCGUACGCCAUUGAUGGGCCGAUAGCGCCCGCAAUGCAGUACCCAGCAUCCCCUACACGUCCAUUCUCCUGCGACAUGUGCGCGCUAUCGUUCAACCGGCAGCAUGAUUUGAAACGGCACAGAGACACACACUCGGGAGAGAAACCAUUUUUGUGCAACGGAGGCUGUGGAAAGACAUUCACGAGGAAAGAUGCACUAAAAAGGCACCAGCUUGUGAAGCAUUGUGGAUAUGACGAAGAUGCAAAUUGA